GUCCGGGUUUAUUCCUCCCUGAGCCCUUUCCCCUGCAGCGUUCCCAGGAAUGACGGGACCAUAAAGCUCCAGGAUGAGGUUAUGACCCUGCUCUGGUUGUUUGCUCCAUUGCACAGGCUUGGUGCCAGCCAUGGGCAGCGCAUGCCUCUGGGAUUUGGAGAGGCCGGGCAUGAGUGCCAGAAACUCCCUGGCACCCAGGUCAUUGCCCUGCCCAUUGCUCCACUCUCAUUUGGCCUCCUCUUCUCAAGGUCCUGCCCAUGUGCCGCUCCUGCUCUGCCCCAGCUCCCACUCAGCCCCCUCCCCAGAGGCUCCCCGCUCACCUUUCACUGUUGCAGCUCGCUCCUCUCCCCCACCCCCUCCUCCAAGUCCCCCUCGCCUACCGCUUGUUCCUUUCUGCCCCCUCCUGCCUUAAGGGUGAGUGAUGGGGAGGAGGGACGGAGAGAAGCAAUUGGCGGCCCCCCCCCACAGCUGAUGGGCAGCAGGCGGUGGAUGCUGCAGGCUUCAGGGGAAGAGCUGAAGCAAGGGCUCCGGGCAGAGCGCAGGCAGCACUCCAAAGGCAGCAGGUCUGCAGCAUCCUCCGAAGAGAGGGGCGCUGCAUCCUGUUUGGGGAAGCUCAGCCUCCCCUGGCCUAUGGUACCUGCCAUCCAGGGUGCUGGCAGCAUCAGGCUGUGUCUCUGGUGGGGAUGUCAGCGCAGCAGCUCUGGUAGGCGGAGGAGGGGCAGUUCCUGGCCCUUGUACAGUGGUGCAGACCCAUUCCUGGGAUCUCUGAUAGGGGCAAAUUCUCAAUCUUGGAUGCGGUGUUUCACUAUUAUGUGGAUCCUGUUUCCCUCCUGCACAUGGGGAUGGUGUGUCGGCGGCUACAGCCAUCGGUUUUCAGUGGCCUCCAUGACAAAGCUCUGCAGCAUCUCUGCAGCCUGGAGGAAAGAGAUUGUUCCUUCUCGCUCUGCACCCACAAUCCGUGCAGUGAAUCUGGCCAGUACCUGGGCCAGACACUGGAGCUGGGAGGAUGAUUUGCCCCCCAUGGCCACUUCAUCCCAGUCACCUGCUACUGUCACUGUGACUUCACCUGUGCUUGUCUGUAGCCAAGUGAUGAACUCAUGGGAAAAAAAGUCUGUUCAGAUUAACCUACCUCUUACAGUGAAAUCCCUGCAGGGAGCGUUGGGGGUGUGAGGAAGACACCAG